AUGAAGGAGAUUGAGGCAGAGAGGUGGCUGGGGAAUGGUGGUGGUGGCGUCAGGCGCGGCGGAGGAGGGUGGCGCGGCGGCGGUGGCUGCUGGUUGGGGGCAGGGACUUUGGGAAAGGGAGGGGGUGAUGAGGGUAGGGGAAAGGUUUGGGACGGGGGUGAGGGUGGUGGUGGUGGGCGGAUGGAGUGCGGCGGUGAUGGCGGCGCGGUGGGUGGCUAUCGUGGAGGGGGUGGCGUGGCGGCGGUAGAGGGAGAAGGGGAAAGAAGAGGAAGAAAGAGGGGGAAGGAGGAAGGGGGUGGCGUGGCGGUGGGUUCUGGGUGGUCGACGGGGGUGGCGAUGGUUCGGUGA